AUGGCUGACGAUUGGGGUACCAAUGACAUCCCCGCCGAUGACCCCUGGAACCACCCCAAGGGCGGCGACGCCAACGGCAAUGGUGAUGACCGUGCCUGCUUCAACUGCGGCCAAUCUGGUCACAACAAGGCCGAUUGUUCCGAGCCUCUCAAGCCCUUCGAUGGCACCUGCCGCGCCUGUGGUAAGGAGGGCCAUACUCGUCGCGACUGCCCUGAGGCUCCUGCCAUGACUUGCCGCAUCUGCGGCGAGGAGGGUCACAUGCGCAAGGAUUGCCCUCAGAAGCCUGCUGAUAUCUGCCGCAACUGCCUCGAGGAAGGCCAUGAGACCGUUGACUGCAAGGCCCCUCGCAAGAUCGAUCGCAGCAUGAUCCCCGACGUCGACGCUGACAAGGCUUGGGAGGAGAUCAACGAGGCUGUUCAGGAUCGUGAUGGCGUCGAGGCCAAGGAUGCCAUCCAGAAGUAUCUCAAGCACUUCCCUGACAUGACCUAUGCCGAACUUGAGAAGGCUUUCCGCAGCCAGGAGAUGGAUAUCUAUCUCAUCGCCACCGAGCGUGUCCUUGCCCCUACCCACACCAACAUGGAUCUUCAGGGCAACUUGGAGAAGAAGUACACUGUCCAGUACCGCUUCUCCUCUCAGCCUGAUCGCCAGCGUGAGAAGGCCGCCUGGCCUGCCUCCCCCGAGGAGAACAUGGUCCGCCUCGAGGAUGCUGGAGAGCCUGUCUCUCGCCUCUUGCAGAAGUGCACCAACUGCAACGAGCUUGGUCACGGUCACAAGUCCUGCCCCCAGGAGGCCACAGAGAAAGUCCGCGUCACCAUCACCUGCUACAACUGCGGCGAGGAGGGCCAUCGCGUUCGUGAUUGCCCCACUCCCCGUAUCGACAAGUUCGCUUGCAAGAACUGCGGUCAGUCUGGUCACAAAGCCUCCGAGUGUUCCGAGCCCCGCAAGGCCGGCGACGAUGUCGAGUGCAACAAGUGCCACGAGAUGGGCCAUUUCUCCCGUGACUGCCCUCAGGGUGGCGGCGGUGGUGGUCGUGCUUGUCACAACUGCGGUAAUGAGGGCCACAUCUCCAAGGAGUGCCCCGAGCCUCGCAAGAUCAAGUGCCGCAACUGCGAUGCAGAGGGUCACCUUUCCAAGGACUGCGACAAGCCUGUUGAUAUCUCCCGCAUCAAGUGCAACAACUGCGGUGAGAUGGGCCACAAGUCCUACCGCUGCCCCAACCCUCCCAAGGAGGACGUCGACGAGUUCGGUCCAUCCAACGCUGCCUCCAACGAGCCCGACACUGGCGAUGCCUGGGGUGCGGGUGGUGGCGGCUCGACCCAGGACGCUGGCAACGAUGGCUGGUAG